CUCCACUGCUCUGCAGUCCAGCGUCGUUUUUUUUUGCUUUGAAAACACUCACUAGACGACGUUGUCAACUUUAGUUUUCCUGCUCCAAGAUGUCAAAGCCUCCUCCCAAACCCGCAAAGCCAGGUCAAGUCAAAGUCUUCAGAGCUUUGUAUACCUUCGACCCCAGAACGCCAGACGAGUUAUACUUUGAAGAAGGAGAUGUCUUGUACGUGUCAGACACGAGUGACCCUAACUGGUGGAAAGGAACGUGCCGGGGCAGGACAGGACUUAUUCCCAGUAACUAUGUGGCUGAGCGGGCCGAGUCCAUCGACAACCCCAUGCACGAAGCAGCCAAAAGAGGGAAUAUAAGCUGGCUGCGGGAAUGUUUGGAAAACAAAGUGGGCAUCAACGGACUGGACAGAGCUGGGAACACCGCCCUCUACUGGGGAUGCCACGGAGGACACAAAGAUGUGGUGGAGAUUUUGCUGAGUCAGCCCAACAUCGAGCUCAACCAGCAGAACAAGCUGGGGGACACAGCUCUUCACGCUGCUGCCUGGAAGGGAUACUCUGACAUAGUGGAGAUGCUGCUGAGCAAGAAUUCAAGGACAGACAUCAGGAACAAUGAGAAUAAGUUGGCAUUUGAAAUGGCCACCAACGCCCAGUGUGCUUCUCUUCUCAAGAGGAGGCAGGGGAGCGCCAUCACCCGGACACACAGCAAUGCUGAGGAGUAUUUGGACGACGAGGACUCGGACUGAGCCAGGGGCCUGUGAGUGGAGGAGAUGGAUGACUAACAUAGAUUGCUGCUGUGGUUCUGACUGUAACUGUCUUGUCACUCGUGUUCACGCACUGCGGUUCGGGGGACCCAAGUUAUGAGACACAUUCCAUGCAGAGAUUAUGUUUAGCCCAGUUUCUCUGGAAUUCAAGUGCCAGCCGAGAUUAACAUCAUAGAAGUUUUGUUACCUUUAUUGAACUUCAAAUUUUGGAAGCUUUCGACAGCUUGGUUUCCACUCUGGGAAGUUUUAUUGUGUGCGUCUUUCUGAUCGUGUCAAAGGGGGAAAAAAGUGCCUUUUGUAUAUUUGUGAACAGAAUGUUUGCUUCUUUCUUCUUGAAAUUCAGUCAGCUUUGUCUCAUCCUGCAAUAAAAGAUUUUAAUUUAAAGCCCAAACAUCCAAGUUUGU